UACAACUCCCGUCGCUGACUUGGCGGCUCCAGUGUCUUGGCAGGUUUGCUGCUUACGUGUCUGCGGAGCCCAGGAUGGUGAGGAAGAUAUGAGACCGGUACCGACAAGAUGUGGCUGAGACCGGAGGAAGUGCUCCUGAAGAACGCCCUGAAGCUGUGGGUGACCGAGGUGUCUAACCCGUACUUCGUGCUGCAGAGGAGAAGGGGCUACGGAGAGGAAGGAGGGGGGCUGACAGGUCUCCUUGUGGGAACCCUGGACGCUGUGUUAGAGUCAACGGCUAAAGUCGCACCUUUCCGGAUUCUCCACCAAACUCCUGACUCUCAGGUGUACUGGUCCGUCGCCUGUGGAGCCAACCGGGACGAGAUAUCAAAACACUGGCAAUGGCUGGAGCAGAACGUUAUGAAGAUCUUGUCUGUAUUCGACUCGAGCGAUGACAUAACUAGCUUUGUUCAAGGCAAGAUUAGGGGGCUCAUUGCUGAAGAAGGGAAAAACUCAUUCGUGAAAGAAGAGGAUCCAGAAAGAUUUCGCGAAGCUCUCUUGAAGUUUGAGAAAUGCUUUGAACUUCCAGACCAGGAGAAGCUGGUGACCUAUUACUCAUGUAGCUACUGGAGAGGAAGAGUUCCUUGCCAGGGUUGGCUGUAUCUCAGCACCAACUUUUUAAGUUUCUAUUCAUUCCUUCUGGGCUCAGAGUUUAAACUCAUCAUCUCGUGGGAUGCAAUCUCCAGACUGGAGAAGACUUCCACCGUUCUCCUCACAGAGAGCAUACACGUCUUGUCUCGAGGGGAAGAACAUUAUUUCUCAAUGUUCUUGCACAUCAAUGAGACUUUUCUGCUGAUGGAGCAACUUGCAGGAUAUGCUAUUAAGAGACUUUUCGACAAAGAGACCUUUGAAAAUGACCCAAUAUUAAAUGAUCCUCUGCAGAUCACAAAGAGGGGUUUGGAGAGUCGGGCUCACAGCGAACAUUUCACCAAUUACUUUAGGCUGCCCAAGGAAGAAAUCUUGAAGGAGGUGCAUGAGUGUUUUCUGUGGAUACCCUUCAGCCAUGUCAACGCUCUGGGCAAGAUGUGUAUUUCUGAGAACUACAUUUGCUUUGCAAGCCAUGAUGGCAGCUUAUACAGCACAAUUAUUCCAUUAAGAGAGAUUAUAGGAAUAGAGAAGUCUAUGUCCACAAGGGCUGUUACAAUCAGUACCAAGGGGAAGAACAUUUUCCGUUUCACUGAUGUUAGAGACUUUGACUCUCUGGUGGCCAGACUGAGGUCCAAAUGUGCCGUGACUAGUCCCCAGCAUAUCCCGUACACUGUGACUGGCUACAGUGACAAUGCCGCCGACUUCCAGGAAAAACACCCAAUGUUGGAUUCCAAAGGCUCAAGUAAAACUGUGAGCACAGAGGCGCUUAUGACUGUUUUCCAUCCUCAAGACGCGGAAAAUCUGGAUCCAAUAAUGUUGAAAGAAAAAAUGAAGGAGCAGUCCUGGAAUAUUCUUUUCUCUGAAUGUGGCCGCGGAGUUAAUAUGUUUCGUACAAAAAGAUCUCGGAAUUUAGUGGUCAGAGGAAUCCCAGAGACAUUGCGAGGAGAACUCUGGCUUCUUUUCUCAGGGGCUGUCAAUGACAUGGGGGCCAACCCAGGCUACUACACUGACAUAGUGGAAAAGUCUCUAGGUACGUGCACCUUGGCUACUGAUGAAAUUGAACGAGAUUUGCGCAGAUCCUUGCCAGAGCAUCCCGCCUUUCAGAGUGACACCGGCAUCUCUGCAUUGAGGAGAGUGCUAACUGCAUAUGCUUACAGGAACCCGAAAAUUGGAUAUUGUCAGGCCAUGAAUAUACUUACUUCAGUUCUACUUCUUUAUGCCAAAGAAGAGGAGGCAUUUUGGCUGUUGGUGGCGGUGUGUGAGAGGAUGCUGCCAGAUUACUUCAACAGGAGAAUUAUUGGUGCCUUGGUAGAUCAGGCGGUGUUUGAAGAACUCAUCAAGGAUUAUUUGCCUCAGUUGACUGAUCACAUGACAGAUAUGACAUUUUUCUCAUCGGUGUCUCUCUCGUGGUUUCUCACCCUCUUCAUCAGCGUCCUGCCUAUUGAAAGUGCUGUCAAUGUGGUGGACUGCUUCUUCUAUGAUGGGAUCAAAGCCAUCCUCCAGCUGGGAUUGACUGUGCUGCACUUUAAUAUUGACAAGCUACUGGCCUGCAAAGACGAUGCUGAAGCUGUCACUAUCCUCAACCGGUUUUUUGACAAUGUCACUAAUAAAGACAGCCCGCUUCCCUCAAGUGUGCAACAGGCCCCUGCUACAGCGGAUAGGAAAAGGAACAGCACAAAGGUGGACAUCACAGAACUUAUCAGGGAGUCAAAUGAGAGGUUUGGAGCCAUUCGCUACGAGGAUGUGGAAAGCAUGCGGACUAGAAACCGCCUGUAUGUCAUCCAGACUUUAGAAAUGACGACAAAGCAAAAUGUGGUUCGAGUGGUUUCACAGGAUGUGAAAUUCAGCCCAGCUGAUGUAGAGGAGCUGUAUUACAUAUUUAAGAGAGAACACUUCUUGUCUUGUUACUGGAGUGUGAAUAACAGCAGAAUAUUGAGCCACCAUGACCCCAGCUUGCCUUAUCUAGAACAGUAUCACAUAGACUGCCAGCAGUUCCGGACUCUCUACCAUCUUCUCAGCCCCUGGGCAUACUCUCCUAGCGUAGACUCACUGGCAUUAUGGACCUUCCGGCUAUUUGAUGAAAAUUCAGAUGGUCUCCUCAAUUUUAAAGAAUUUGCAACAGCAUUUGAUGUCAUGUUCAAUGGCAGCUUCACGGAUCGGCUCAAGCUACUCUUUAAAAUGCAUAUACCCCCAGCUUUUACGGAAGUGGGAUCUAUGAGCCCAUCCGAGGAAACCAAACUUUCCAAAGAGGAAUUAAUGCACUUCAGCCAACUUCAUGUGACAUCUCCUAUAGAACUGUCCAGUCCUGAUGACAAAACGAAGAGUCCUGAAAAGGGUAAAGGGAAGAUUGAUAUUCAAGCAUAUCUGAAGCAAUGGCAAGAUGAACUGGUGCGUAAGGAGGAAAGUAUUAAGGACCUACCCAGAAUGCAUCAGGCUCCGUUCAUCCAGUUUUCGAAAACACUAUACAACUUAUUUCAUGGGGACCCUGAAGAAGAAUUGUUAUAUCGUGCCAUUGCCGCUGUGACCAGUCUCCUCCUUCGUAUGGAGGAAGUGGGUAGGAAACUGCAGCAUCCAGCUUCUCCUGCCCCGAUUCUACUACCAGAGGGAGGUACUCAGCCUGUUGACACCCCUCAGGAGAGCGUUGCUCUCAAAGAGACGGAAAACACUGUUUCUCUCCCUUCCAAAGAAGACUCUGAAUGGUCUUUUGCAUUUGAGCAGAUCCUUGCCUCACUACUAAAUGAACCUUCCCUUGUCAGGUUUUUUGAAAAACCUACUAAUUUCAAAGACAAGUUAGAAUCUGCCAGGACAUCUCAAAUGCGUGCUAGUAAGAGGGUAUAAGGAACACUCAUCUUCUCUCCACUUCACCAACCACUAUACAAAAAUGGCCACUUUUACCUUUAUUUUUAUUUUUUUCAUCUAAUGAGCCACAAUUGACUCUUUUAUAUGUUUUUAGGGCUAUAAUGCAUUUUUUUCUUUGAAAUGGAGAAAAGCCCGCCAUUCAGAUGCACUGUAUACAUGUGCUUUCCAGUUGAGAGCGCACUGCUGCUGUCUUCUAUUAUGUCAUGAUUACAGAAGGGAUGCUGGUUUUAAUAUUAUACGUGAGGCCAGGGUCGCUAAUGCACAUUUUAGAAACAGGUUUUUAAUCCUUGGUACUUGCUACUUACCCUCUUAUCCACUUACACAGUGGACAUUAGGUGGCCAUCUGCCUGUUCUAUCUAAUCAGUGGGGCUAUGAAGGUGGAUAUAGGACACGGCAGAUUUACAGAGGUAACCUCUUCCUGCUUCUAAAUUAUUGCUGGAAAGGGAGGUAGACUUUUUACUACUCCAUCCAUGUUGGUCAUAGACCUAGUGAACUUUUCCUUUUCCAAUAGAGGAUAUGUUCUCUAGUGAUUGACCUAAAGCAUGAGUUUUCUCCCAAAUACAUGCAGCUACAACACAGCUGACGCUUCUAGACCAGAUUUUUUUGGGGUACUCUAUGAAAGAGUUACUUUUUCUCCCAUGUAGUAUGUGAGUACGGGUGCGUUUACAUAUGUCCAGCGACAUGGCAUAGUUCGAAAGUUUUUAAAAUUCUCAGAGGAGCAGACAGGCCUAUAAAAGAAGGGGGGAAAAAAGCUGAAAGGGGCUGUCUCGUUUCCAAAAUUGAUGACCUAUCCUCAGUGAAUGGAAUGGAGGAGCUGUAAUUGGAGGUAAACAGUGCAGAGAAUGCAGUAGCGCUGCGUUCUCUACAAACAGCUGAUUAGCAGGUGUUCCGAGAGUUGGACCUCUGGCAAUCUGAUAUUGAGGACCUAUCCUGAGGAUAGUUCAUCAAUAUUGGAAACUGGACAACCCCUUUAACUUACCUACUAAAGAUCAUUUCAUUUCAGUGCAGCAGAUCCAGUCCCUUGUCGACCAGAAGUGAUGACAUUAUGUUCAUAAUGUGAAGUAUGGCACAUAACCGCUGAGGCCAGCGAGUGGCUGAGUGGUUAAGUGAAUAAUGGACGUGACAUCAUCACUUCCUGUCUGACUGGGACUGAAAGACUUGAGGACCGGACCUGU